AUGGUUGAUGUGCUUACAAUUGUUUUUGCGUUUUUUCUUAUCUACGGCGCAUUUGCGCUGAACACAAAUGCUACUGCAAUUUCUACAUUCACAUACAACACCAUCCCACCAUAUGAAGCGUUUGGGGUAAAACAAUUACCGAACGUUUACAACAAGUCCGCUGUUGACGCCAAUGAAGUGGCUCAUGGGUAUACUUUGGUUAAUGUUUCUUCUACAAAUCGUGGAUUAACUGGUAUCUUGAAACUCCGGGGAGCUACCAAUAUUUACGGUUACGAUUUUGAGAUUUUGAAUUUGACUGUUGAGUAUCAAAGUUGCAAGAGAUUGAAUGUUCAUAUAGAGCCAACUAACUUAACCGAUGUCUAUGUUCUACCAGAUAAUUUGGUCCCAAAGCCCAAGUUAGAACAAGAAUCAAAAGAAGAAAGCUCACGGACGACACUAAACUUUGCUGAUUCUGAUUUAGUUUUUGAUUACAUUGAAGAAAACUUUGGAUUUGAAAUAAGUAGAGCUUCAACCGGUGAAGUAUUAUUUUCAACUGUUGGUAAUCCAUUGGUUUUUUCAAACCAGUUUAUUCAAUUGAAUACGAGCUUACCCCAGAAUCAUACAAUUAAAGGUUUGGGGGAGACAUUUGGUGGAUCUAUAAAUGAACCAGGUUCAGUUAGGACUUUAUACGCAAAUGGAGCAUCUGACCCCAUCAACGGGAAUUUAUACAGUGUUCACCCAGUCUAUUAUGACCAAAGAUACGACUCCAAUACAACUCACGCAGUUUAUUGGAGGUCCUCAGCUAUACAAGAAGUCGUAAUUGGAGAAGAAUCCUUAACUUGGAGAGCUUUAUCUGGGAUAAUUGACUUGUAUUUCUUUAGUGGGCCGAUCCCAAAAGACGCUGUAAGCCAAUACGUUACUACAAUUGGGUUGCCAUGCAUGCAGCCGUAUUGGGCAUUGGGGUAUCAUCAAAGUAGAUGGGGAUACGCUACUCUAAAAGAGUUGAAGACGGUUGUUGAGAACUUCAAGAAGUUUGACAUACCAUUGGAGACUAUUUGGACUGAUAUCGAUUACAUGGAUAACUAUAAAGACUAUACAACAGAUCCAGUACGUUAUCCCGCUGCUGAGUUUAAGGAUUUUUUACUCGAGUUGCACAACAACCUGCAACAUUAUGUUCCAAAUAUGGAUGCUGGUAUAUACGUUCCGAAUCCAAACAAUGCCACUGACAAUGAUUAUCCCCCUUUCCAUCAAGGUAAUGAUCUGGAUAUUUUUAUUAUGAACCCAGAUGGAUCUUUGUAUAUUGGCGCUAUGUGGCCAGGAUACACAGCAUGGCCCGAUUAUAUCAAAAAUGAAAGCACCACUUACAUUGGCAACCAACUUGCUGCAUGGUAUGAAGAAGUGGCUUUUGAUGGGCUCAUGACAGAUGAGAACGAAAUCAGUUCGUUUUGUGUUGGUAGCUGUGGCUCUGGAAAAAUCCUGGACAACCCUGUACGUAGAGCAUCCACACCUGCUGCUGAACAGGCGUUUCCCUUGGGAUUUAACGUUACCAAUGCUACCGAGUACAGUGCCAUUAACGCAUCGUAUUAUGCUACAGCAAAGCUUUUAUCCCCCUCGUCCACCGUCUCAUCAUUAUUAUCGUCAAGUGCUACUACUUCUCUCGAUGGGCAUAAUACUUUGAAACCAGGGAAAGGAAACAUCAAUUAUCCUCCUUAUGCCAUUAACAAUGCUCAGUCUGAUCAUGAUCUUGCAACUCAUGCUGUUGCGAUGAAUGCUACUCACCAUGAUGGAACUGUAAUGUAUGAUGUUAGAAACAUUUAUGGCUUUUUGCAAAAUAAAGCAAUCUAUCGUGGUCUCGUUGAAUUGCAUCCUAACAAAAGACCUUUCAUUAUAGGUCGAUCAACGUUUGCUGGGUCAGGCAAAUAUGUGGGGACCUGGGGUGGUGACAAUGUGGCCAAUUAUUUUUCAAUGUACUUUUCAAUCCCUCAAGCAAUAGCAUUUGGUUCUUUUGGUGUGCCCUUUUUUGGUGCUGAUGUUUGUGGAUAUGGUGAAAAUACCGAUAUGGAGUUAUGUUCCAGGUGGAUGCAACUCGGAUCAUUUUUACCCUUUUUCAGGAACCAUAAUGAGAUUGGUAGGAUUUCUCAAGAACCAUAUGUGUGGGAGGCAGUUGCCAAUGCUUCAAGAGCAUCAAUUGGGGUGAGGUAUCUGUUGUUGCCAUACUAUUACACUUUGAUGCAUGAGGCACAUGUUACCGGGUUGCCAUACAUUAGAUCCUUGAGUUUUCAAUUUCCAUACGACAAGCUUUUACGUGGAAUUGACAACCAGUUCUUUGUUGGUGAUGCAUUAAUUGUUACACCAGUGUUAGAGCCAGGUGUCAAUUACACCAAGGGAGUUUUCCCAGGGGUUGACAACACUACUGUGUACUAUGAUUUUUAUACAAGAUCCAGAAUGAACUUCACUGCAGGUACUAAUGAAACAUUGGCAGCUCUGUUGGGACAUAUUCCCUUACACAUUAGAGGUGGAUACAUUAUACCAACACAAAAGCCAGGUUAUACUAUCGCAGAGUCGAGAUUGAAUCCUUUUCAGUUGAUUGUAGCUUUAGAUCGUCAUGGUUCAGCUUUAGGGAGGUUGUAUUUAGAUGACGGAGAGUCUAUUGAUGUAGAUAAGUCGUUAAUGGUGAAAUUAGCCGCGAACGAUAAUAAGUUGGUUGCCAUACCGGUUGGUGAAUAUAAUGCGUCUCAACCAUUGGAUACGAUCACCAUCUUGGGUAUUGAAGCAAAACCAAACCUGGUUAAAUUUAACGGUGCUAGUGUAGACUAUACGUUUAAUGGCACUACAGUUUUUAUCACAAGAUUGGACAAGUUUACACAACUGGGAGCUUUUGCUAAAAGGUUUGAAGUUGAAUGGGAUUGA